AUACCACGUGAAUGAACACACGGCCAUUCAAUUUUAUCCAUUUCACUCCAGCCGUCCCUGUCCAUCCGAUGGAUCCUGGUACGCGAGCCGAAGAACAACUAUCAACAAACAAAUGCCCAAACUUUUGAUAUAAAACGUGCGCCUUCACCUCUUCUCAGUACUUUCUCGUCGUACCGAUGCUUGUGGAUGCGAAACCUUUCUAUCGACUUUGGACACACAUAUAGCGUUCCGCGUGGUUGAUCGAUAUCAUCAAUACCGUCCACAUCUUCUACAUCGAACCUGAAAUUUCGUGUGGCCAAGCACCCAAUACCGAUAUCAUGGAGAACUUUCGUAUCGGCAAAGACGCCACUUUGAACCUGAGAAUGGGCAUCACUUACUCAGACGACCAGACCCCGGAAGAAGUUCACCCCACAUCGGCAAAAGAUGGCCAGUCUCUGAUUGACCAGGUCAUUGCUGCCACGGGGCCGAAGGCGCAUCCAAGAUUGGCACAGAUCAUGCCCAGUCUUGUACGGCAUCUUCACGAUUUCGCCCGAGAAGUCAACCUGACAGUCCCGGAGUGGAAGGCAGCCGUUGACAUGCUGAAUGAAUGCGGCCAAAUCUCCAACGACCGACGCAACGAAACGCAACUUCUCUGCGACAUUCUCGGCCUCGAGUCUCUCGUCGACGAGAUCACUUCGAACCUGCUCGCCAGUUCCAACGCCGGCACACCAUCAGCAGUCCUGGGUCCGUUCUACAGGUACAACGCGCCUCUUCUACCCAACGGCAGCUCCAUCGUCAAGAACCUGACGCCCGAGACCCCUUGGUUCAGCCAAGCCAUCGCAGACUCGGCCUACAUCACAGGCCGUGUCCUGUCCACCGGCGGCAGGCCCAUCCCCGGUGCUAUUGUCGACACCUGGCUUGCCGCGCCGAACGGACUCUACGAGCAACAGGAUGAGUCCCAGACCGACAUGAACCUAAGGGGUCGGUUCAAGACUGACCAAGAUGGCCGCUUUGCGUUUUAUGCGCUGCGGCCGACUUCUUAUCCGAUUCCGUUUGAUGGUCCCGCGGGCAGGUUCUUGACCUUGCUGGAUCGGAACCCCAAUAGGCCGGGUCAUAUCCACUUCGUCGUCUCGGCACCAAGACAUCGCCCGCUGACGACGCAAAUCUUCGAUAGCCGGGACAAAUAUCUGACGGAGGAUGCGGUUUUCGCGGUCAAGGAUGAGUUGGUGGUCAAGUUCUUGCCCCAUAAGGGAGACUCCAAGGCGCGCUGGUAUCUUGAGUAUGAUUUCGUUUUGAGCAGGGAGAAUUAGCUUUAGAGUAUGUAAGAACGCAGUAGGUCGGCGGAUGGUAUAGAGCUUUGGGGAGGCAUACAAUGGCGCAUAGGUUGAUUCUGUAUAUCGGUGUUCCUUUGUUGGCAAAGAUCCCCUGGCCACUUCGUUUUAACAGGCUUCAGUUGGCAAAGAUCCCCUGGCCACUUUGUUUUAACAGGCUUCAUUCAGAUGGCUCGUCUUCAGCCAUCGAUGGAGAUAAGUAUAAUCAAACCUUUCCUCCAUUCAUAGUUUGGCAUCAGACGAGCUGAGCUUAAACCAUGGCUAUCGUCGCAUUCGUAGAGACGGAUAGGCCGUAAGAUCUGAGGUUAAUUCAGCGUCGCUACGUCCUUAUGAUGAUGUUAACCCAUAUUUGAAAAGUGAUAGAUUGGCACACUUCCGCGUAACCCUGACGAUGGUAUAUGUGGAUCGACCCGAAGAGGAUAUGAUUCGUAUGGAUCGGACGAAACAGCUGUGCUCGGGGGAAGAAACUGUGGAGCGAUAUGAGCCAGUUCAGGUGCUGUUGAAACAUGCGGCGUGAGCUGUAAAUAGUUGUUCCAGAGUUGGUCGAAUUCCCA